AUGUCUCCAGAAAUGUUGAAGAAAAUCCACAAAGCGGUACUGGGUGAUCGUCGACUAAAAGUGCGUGAGCUAGCAGAUGUAGUAGACAUUUCAAAACGAGCCGUUUAUCACAUAUUAACUGGAAAAUUGGACAUGAGGAUACACAGUAGCAAUAGCUUAAAAGGGAUGCGGCUGAACGUUCCCCGUGCUGUACGAGUGGGUCAUUCAGUAACUCUUGGUUGUGAAUACGACUUGGAAGGCUCUCCACUUUAUUCAGUGAAGUGGUAUAGAAACAAUGGAGAGUUUUAUAGAUACGUACCAAAAGAAGAACCACCAACCAGGGUAUUUCCUUUACCAGGACUACAUGUGGACGUGAGUGUGUCUAACGCACAUAACGUGACUCUGAUGUCGGUAGGACGAAACAUCUCGGGUCUAUUUCAGUGCGAAGUGUCCGCUGACGCGCCGCUUUUCCACACCCAAAUGAUGUCAGCUAUGAUGACAGUCGCUGUUGUUCCUGUGGGUGUGCCAACAGUUAGUGUAGAUAAAGCAGGUUUAGAACAUGGAAGACCCUUAAUAGCAGAUUGCCAUGCCCCUCCAUCAUACCCUGCCACAAACAUCACUCUCUACGUCAAUGACGAAAGGGUACCUGCAUAUACUUCCGAGUGGAUAACUUCAGUAGAAGAUCAAUUAGAAAAGAAAACAGGGAGAUUAGAAUUAUCUGGUGUUGGUGGAAGCUGGGGUACACUGAGGCUUCGUUGCGAAGCUACUCUUUUUAGGUUAUAUCGUGCCAACAGUCUGGAAGUGGAAGUCCGACCAGAUACACCACAACCAGCUUCAGUACUCCUCAUGGGACCAAAUAGUAGAGGUAAAUAG